AUGAAGGCAAAAAAAUUAUCUGAUGAGAAAUAUGUUUCUCUUAGUAGCUAUGAGAUUUUCUUUACUUCUCUGCUUGCAAUUUUUGUAUGUGUUAGUGUUGGUCUGAUUGUACUUUCUUGGUUAUCAAUCCAGGAGCUGGAACGAGCUGAAGCAGAUGUGAAUACUCAUGGUUAUAUGGGAAUAUUAAAAAUAGUCUCUGGCACAUCUUUCACUUCCACCUUACAAAACAGUUCCUCAGUUGAUUUCAAAGUCCUUGCCUUUGAUGUUGAAAAAUUGAUACAGAAUAUCUUUCAAGAAAGUGAUCUGAAAUACAAGUUUGAGAGAUGUGAAAUCUCCCAGUUCAAGAAAUCUGAAGAUGACCAUGGCAGAUUGACAUCAGAAACCGGUGUGGUUGUCAUCCUCACCCUUUAUUUUACCCAGAUGGUAACAGCUGAGAAAAUAAAAAAUGAGCUGGUUUUGGGUGUCAUUGCAAAUAACCCUAAUCCUACCAAGGCUUUGAAAAUUGAUGUGAACAGCAUACAAAUCACAGUAGCUGCUGCAAAUCCUACUACAGCGAUACCUUUAACCUCAUCAGGUUCAGGACAGCUCACCACAAGCAAGUCCUCAACAACAGUGGCUGAGUGUUUGCUACCUGCUGAACUCUGUGCUGAUGGUGCAACCUGCAUUAGUGAAGAUUUCUUUUGUGAUGGAGUCUUGAACUGCCCAGAUGGUUCAGAUGAAUCUGAAAAAAGAUGUGCUGCAGUUUGUGAUGGAAAAUUCAUGUUGACUGGUUCCUCUGGGUUUUUUCACUCUAUGAAUUAUCCAGAGCCAUAUAAUGAAAACAUUUUUUGCCAAUGGAUAAUAGUAGUGCCUCAAGGGUUGUCCAUUAAACUGAACUUCUCUUCUUUUGAAACACAACCAUAUGCAGACGAGCUGAGUAUUUUUGAAGGAUUAGGACAAAACAAAGUUUUAAGAGCUUCUCUGUCAGGGACCAAACUUGAAACUAUUUACAUUUUUUCUCAUGAGGCUACAGCACAGUUUAUGUCUGAUUAUUCAGAGAAUUAUAAUGGCUUUAAUGCAACAUACACUGCAUUUAAUGCGAGUGAACUAAACAAUUAUGAGAAAAUCAAUUGCACUUUUGAAGAUGGCUUUUGUUUCUGGAUACAAGAUUUAGAUGAUGAUUCAGACUGGGACAGAGUUCACGGUCCUACCUUUCCCUUGAUGACUGGUCCUGAUUUUGAUCAUACAUUUGGCAACUUGUCAGGAUUUUAUAUUUCAACACCCAUUGGACUUGGACUCAUAGAAGAGCGAGUCCGGAUUCUGAGUUUGCCUUUGGUCCCUUCAGAAGCGUAUUGCCUAAGCUUUUGGUAUUUCAUGUAUGGGGAUAAUGUUUACCGUUUAAGAGUUAGCAUAAGUGAUGAGCGUGGUCAGGAAAAGAUAAUUUUUGAGAAAGAAGGAAACUAUGGAAACAACUGGAAUUAUGGACAAGUAACUUUAAAUGAAACAUCUGAUUUUAAGGUUAUUUUUGAUGCCUUUAAAAGGCGUGGUCCCAGUGAUAUUGCCUUGGAUGACACUGGCCUGACGAAGGGAAAGUGUAAUGAAGACAAUUAUGUAGAGCCAACUGUGAGGCCAACUGCUGCUACCACCCCAUUAGUUCCCACUGACUGUGGAGGGCCAGUUGAACUCUGGGAGCCAAACAAUACAUUCAGCUCUGCAAAUUUUCCAAACAAUUACCCUAACUUAGCUUUUUGUAUGUGGUACUUGAAUGCUGAAAAUGGAAAAAACAUCCAACUUCAUUUUCAGUUUUUUGAUCUGGAAAAUAUUAAUGAUGUGGUUGAAAUCAGAGAUGGCAGAGGACCAGAUUCGUUACUUUUGGCUGUCUACACAGGGAAAGGCCCACUGCCAGACAUCUUCUCUACAACAAACCAGAUGACAGUCAUCCUCCAGACUGACAAGUCUUCAACUGGGAAGGGAUUUCUUGCAAACUUUACUACUGGCUACCAUCUAAGGGCUUGCAAAGUUGAUGAGCAUCAGUGCGGUAGUGGGAAAUGCAUCCCAUUGCACAACCUAUGUGACCACGUACCUCAGUGUGAAGAUGGCUCUGAUGAAGCAAAAUGCAUGAGAUUACUCAAUGGCUCUCUGAGCACCGAAGGGCUGGUGCAGGCCAGGGUUGGGAAGAUGUGGCAUCUGGCAUGUGCAGAUGAUUGGAGUGGAGAUAUUUCAGACAGGGUUUGCCAGCUGCUGGGGUUGGGAGCUGCAAAUAUGUCAUCACCUGUAUUAUUCACUGGAGAUGGCCCAUUUGUCACCAUCACCAAAGGAGGUGACCACAGCCUAAUUUUUACAAAAAGAGAACACUGUUGGGACAACCUGGUGGUUCAUCUGCAAUGUAACAUUCAAUCUUGUGGAAAACACCUGGUAACUCAGAAUAACGAAACAAGAAUUGUAGGUGGAAAUGAUGCCAGAAGAGAGGCUUGGCCUUGGAUAGUUUCACUCCGUUUUAAUUUGCGACCUGUUUGUGGAGCUUCCCUUGUCAGUGACGAGUGGCUGGUGACAGCAGCGCACUGUGUCUAUGGGAGACAACUAAAGCCAUUCCGCUGGCAAGCAGCUCUUGGCUUGUACAGUCAGUCAGAGCUGGAACAGCCUCCAACAGUGGUUCGAAACAUCGACAGAAUAGUUAUAAAUCCUCAUUACAGUAAGCAAACAAAAGACAGUGAUAUUGCUCUGAUGCACCUUCAACACAAAGUGCAGUACACAGAUUACAUACAACCUAUCUGCCUACCAGAAAAAAAUCAACAGUUUUUACCAGGAAUUAACUGCUCGAUUGCUGGCUGGGGUGAUAUUAGGAAUGAAGGUCCCUCUUCAAAUAUAUUGCAAGAAGCAGAGGUCCCCCUCCUUUCCAAUGAAAAAUGCCAGCAAUGGAUGCCAAAAUAUAAUAUUACUGAGAAUAUGCUCUGUGCAGGAUAUGACAUGGGAGGAAUAGAUUCCUGCCAGGGGGAUUCAGGUGGCCCUCUGACAUUCAAAGAUGGGGACAAGUGGUUUUUGGUUGGUGUGGUAUCAUUUGGUGAAGGGUGUGCACUUCCCCAACGACCAGGAGUGUAUGUUCGAGUCACCAUGUUUGUGGACUGGAUCAAAAGCAUAAUCUAUUAG